AUGAUUCGUUACAUUAUUUUAAUAUUUCUUGUAGGUCUUGUUACUGUAUUAUAUUUUGCCACCACACAACAAGUAUUAAAGCCUUCAGGAGUCGGUCCAUUGAUCGUUAUUGAUAACUUCUACCAAAUUGACCGUAACAAAAAUAUUGGCUCGGAAUCAACGACCGAGAACCAACAGACCUUUGAUAGUAAUAAGGUAGCACAUCUCAAUAGUGAUUAUUACACGUUGAAAGACAAUGUGCAAGGUAUAUUAUAUGACCGUGGUGAUGGCUGUAACACGUAUAAUCCAUACAAACCUGAACAAAAACCAGCAAAUGCAAUAAGUCCAGUACUUCCUCCUAACGUUUUUCCAAAUAAGUUUAUAGGGUUGGUUACAUCAGAUACGACUAAUUGCAGCAUCGACGAUAAAAUAAAUAAAGCAAUAGAAGAUGGUGUGAGUGGCGUAAUUAUCAUUAUGUAUGACCUUGACGUUAACAACGCUCGAAUACCCGUUUUCUCAAUCGAUUCUCAGGAUUCACCGAAAAUUACACAAUCUCUAGAAGAAAUAUAUAACAACUUUUCCAAAGGGAUUAAUGAUAACUUACCCUAUAGAGUGUUACGUGCCAGUCUUAGACCUUAUCAACCAAUAAUUGUCAGUUCAUGGCUGUUUGCAAUGUUUGCAGUGGGUGGUAUUCUGGUAAUUUCAUUCUUUGUCUCGAUUCUAAUACAUAUGAGACUUUAUCGCAUGAGAAGAAAUCAACAAGAUGAAAUUAGAAGACAACGUGAUGCUGAAGAUUUAAUGGGAAUGAAGAAAUGGACUUUGGGAAAAGAGAUUGUCAACACAUUUCCUUGA